AUGGACAGGUUCCUACAGGACCCAGAGAGCGAGAGGCUCUUGAUCGAGCACAACCGGGCUCUCGAAGCUGCCGAGGCCGUCAAGGGUAUGCAAUUCAAACAAAAUAGAACACGGGAUGAACUUUUGAAGAGAUUUAAGCAUCGGCGGAAGAUGAACAAAGAUAAACCAUGCGGCCGAGGUAGCGCCAGCGCGGUGGAUGUCUCUUUCGCCCCUCUGAUCUAUCCACCGUGUCUCGCUCCGUUGAAAGGCCUAAAAAAGGUCAUGGUCAAGGAUUUGCUUCUUGAAACUCAUCAUAGAGGCUCUUACAUUCUAGUCAGAUCAAUCACCCAGACAGAGAAGACGGCUGCAGUUGUGGCUAUUGUGGAAGACGAACAGAAAGAUGCAAUCCCGCUUCAAAUGUUGAAUGAGAAGCUCCGCUGCCAGGAUGGCUCUGUUGAUAAAGGGCAGAUCCUGACUUUGAUACCCGAUACCGAAUACGGAGUUAGAGUUGAUCACGUUUCUGAUAUCAUGUUCAUCCCAAUGUUCGACAAGAUGGUGCCAUCGGCUUGGCGAGAGCGGCUUCCAGAGGAUGAAACCUCUCAGUGGAUGGCCGGGGAUUGGCUCAGCAUAGGUAACGAGUAUCUCAACCGGGGCAAAUUCUACUCUGCCACUGAAUAUUACUCCAAAGGACUGGAGUGUUCACCGACAGAGGAAGAGACGCAUUACCUUCUGUACUACCGGGGCCUGGCCUUCUUCCAGGUCGAUAAGUGGGAUGCAUCUCUGCAUGAUCUCGAUGCCGUUCCAACAGGCCCAAAAUCCGACAAAGCGCUUAGGGGCAAAGCCCAAACCCUGUACCGUUUGAAAAGAUUCCGGGAAAGCUGUGAUGUAUUCACGAAGCUCUGCAAGAAACACCCCGAAGACGUCGGUGCCAAGAACGAUUUUCGUGAAGCAAUUGCACGCCUUGCAGAGCAAAAGAAGGGCGGAUACAACUUCAAGAAGAUGCAGGAGAAAGCAUCGAAAACCUACCCGCCACUCUUGGAUCAUGCGACAUGGAUUGGCCCAGUGACGGUCAGGCAAACCAAGUCCCAAGGACGAGGCCUAUUCACAACAGAGGCAGUCAAGGCCGGUGAUUUACUGCUCUGUGAGAAAGCCUUUGCAUAUGCAAGCGAGCACCCUAGCAGGCCAAGGUGGAGCAGCACCCUCCAUAUCAACACCGAAACCCGGACGACCAUCCGAGGAGGCCAAUUCGCGCUUGCACCAUCGAUUAUCGAAAAGCUGUACAAGAACCCAUCAUUAGCAUCAGCAAUAACUGACCUCCACAGCAAUGGAUUCAAGCAGGUGCCAACAGGCCCCGUUGAUGGCAAUCCGGUGGUAGACACAUUUCAAAUCACCCGGAUAAUCUCCCUCAACAGCUUCGGCAGCCCAACCUCUUCCAGAGGAGACCAUAUCCACGACGCGUGCGACGCAAGCGGAAACCCUGAAACGCCGCAUAACUGCGGCGUAUGGCCCUAUGCCUCAACAAUCAACCACUCAUGCACGAGCAACGCACACCGCGCCUUCAUCGGCGACAUGAUGAUCAUCCGCGCAGCCACCGAUAUCCCCGCAAACACCGAGCUGACAAUCUGGUACCUGCUCCCCACCCCUGAAACCCAACCCAUGGACUUCCGCCAUUGGGGCUUUGACUGCUGCUGCGCCAUGUGCACCGACAUCAGGGCGACUGAGCAUCGGGUUCUCAAGACACGGAUCAGACAGCGCGCACAGAUCGCUAUGUCACUGGAAAAUAACAGCCGCGAGCGCGCUGAACUGCUCAUUGAGCGUCUGACUGAAACGUAUCCGCACUCACUGGAGCAGGUGCUGCGUCUUGCGUUGUGGGAGCCGCUUACUUUGAUUGCUGGGGUUUAUGACAGCCUGAGGCAACAGGCUGAAGCUAGGGAGGCUGUGGGUCGGGCUCUCGCGGCGGUUGGAUUUGUGCUUGAGGGAGGCGUGAAUGGGCCACUCGUUGUUAAGAAAUGGGGGCUCGCUAUGGAUAAUCUUGUUGUUGCGUGGAUGAUUCUUUGCAAGUCUCUGCUUGAGAUUGCGCCUGAGAGGGCGAUGCAGGCGGAACCGUACGCUCGCAUGGCUUACUUGAUUUGUGUUGGGGAGGAGGCAAGCUUUGAUUCAACCUAUGGAAUGAGCUUGAACGUGACUGAUGAGCCUCGUUCUGAGGAUGGUCAAGUGGAAGGAUGGGUAGUUUAG